AUGAUGGUUCUGCUCCCCUUCCGCAUAAUUUGUGAUCCGACACCAAUGAUCGAUAGUAGUUCUCUUGCUAUCGGUGCAUCUUUGGUUGAGUUGAUCUAGUUGUUGAUAGUGUACAGUCGUAUUGAAUAGACAGAAAGGAUAGACUAGGAUGUCUGACCAUGAUCAUAGUCACGACCAAGGCGCCAGCUAUGUGUCCGCCAGUGCUCAGGACAAUGACAGAGUGGCCAGUCCUGAAGAAUUGAAUAAUAUUACUACUAGUAGUAAUUUGGCUUGUGGAGGAGUUCAGGUUGGAGUUUCAGCUUUUCAGCUGGAAGGAGGAGUCAGUAGUAACAGUAACAGCAGCAACAGCAACAGCAAUGGUGAAGGACAGACUAAAAGAAAGAUCAAACCCAAGAGACUCUGGAAACAAUUUGCAGCAGACACUUUGACUUCAGCCAGGAUGCACUCUGUCAGUGUCAGUGAGAGAACUCUGCCUGUGGAAGAGUUAGAAGGCUUAGAAGGCACAGGUGCAAUGGACAUGACAAUGGACAUGAACAGCUAUGUCACUCUGCCUGCUGAAGGAACUCUAGAUGGCUCUAGUAGGACUUUCUUCAAGUCAAAUGUCAAUACUACAUGUACUACUGGUGGUGCAACUGGUAGUGCAAGUCUACAAGACACAACUACCAAUACCACAACACUUAUGGCAGCCACUGGUGCACAUGCAAAUGAUGCUCAAGGUCAAGGCCCAGCCACUCUACAGAGAAUUGACACCUGGGCCAGUAUGGGAAGCAAUAUUGCCAGUUUUGAAGAAUUGCUACCAGAAGGAGGAUCUCUGGGAGCUGCUGUCUUUGGAAUCAUCAAAGGAACUGUGGGACCUGCCAUUCUUUAUCUACCAAGAGGCUUCCAAGUAGCGGGCUAUGCCGUGGCCAUUCCAUCCAUGGUUCUCGCCACUGUCAUGUACAUUUACAAUGCCUACCGACUCCUGGCAUGCUGGAGAGCCGAACAUGACCGAGAAGUCGCCAUCUUUAGACACAAAUUUCAAUUACAACAGCAACAACAACAACAAGCCAUGGCCGAACAAGGAAAAGCACCCACACAACCUACAUCAUGUACUACGACGACUCUACAUCAUCCACCCGUCGUCAUGCUCACGUACCCAGAACUCGCGAAAAGAGCCUUUGGACCCAACUAUUCCAUUCUCGUGGAUAUCGGCAUUGCAUCCAUGCAGUACGGAGUCUGCCUCACCUAUCUCAUCUUUGUGCCGCACAAUCUCGAUGUCUGCGCCGAAGCACUGCUCGGAAUCACCAUUCCCAAAGAGUACUACCUGGCUCUUGUCCUCAUCAUUGAAAUACCGCUCUCAUGGAUCAAAGACAUUCGAAAACUCACUCCUACCAACGUCGUCGCCACGGGACUUAUUGCCUACGGACUCUUCUUUGUACUCAUUCUCGCAUUCGUGCAGGGAAUGGCUCCCACCGAAGACUACAAUGCACCUUACGCACGCGUAUUCCAAGAAAACCUUGCCAAUCUACCUGCCGCCACCGAUUCCUGGUUUCUAUUUGUCGGAACCAGCUUUUUCAUGAUGGAAGGCAGUAUCACUCUCAUUGUGCCAUUGCAAGAAUCCGUCCUUCGAGCACAAGAUCGAGAAAAGUUUCCAAAGAUUAACCAAACCGUCACGUCGGGAAUUGUGAUCUUUUAUAUCUUUUUCAGCAUCAUUUGCUGUGCCGCCUUUGGCGACUCCAUUCAAACGGCAUUGACGGCGUCGCUGGAUGGCAUGUUGGCCACCACCAUUCAAUUGGCUUACUCGAUCGCGGUCAUUCUCACAUUUCCACUGCAAGCCUUUCCGGCCAUGGAAGUGCUCAAGAACAACAUUUUGGGAGCCGCCGUUGCCAGAACCAAACGUUCGACGACAGCCACAACGAAUGGUGAAAUCCACACGGGCAGCACUCACGAAUCCUUGUGGGCUCAAGAUCAUUUCCAACGCAAGGCAUUGAGUACCGUUGUCAUUUGCAUACUGGGUGUCAUUGCCAUUUACGCCAUUGAGUAUCUGGGCAACGUCGUCUCCAUUAUCGGAUCGCUCUUUGGAAUUCCGCUGGCAUUGGUCGUCCCGCCAAUGAUGCACAACAUUUUGGUACCGGAUUCCAACAAGACGACACGGUGGAUGAACAAUGUCGUGACUGGGAUCGGAUUCAUGGCCAUGGCGGCAUCUUCCUUUGCUACUAUUACUGCAUGGGAAAAGGGAGCGGAGGAAGUACGACGAUGAUUGAGCGGGAAUGCAUCGUUCGUUGGUGGUUGGGUCAGGUUGGACGAGGCUGGAGUUGGAUCGAGUGAGUUUGGAGGAAGUGGAGGCAGGCAGGGCGAACGAACAUGGAUUUGCCUGUACGCACCUCUCUGGUUGAAUGCUGCUUGUCCGGUUCACACACAAUACCGUACGGAUACGGUUGCUGGGCUUUUUUGUCAAUGCAUCCUUGCACAAUACUGUUUGUAGUUGUCCUCCCUGGCUGCUGGUAGCUCCGGCGUGCAGCCAAGCGAAAAUCAUUUUUGUUGUUGUACCACUGUACACUUACUUGCAUAGAGUAAAGAGCAAACACUAGCUAGUUUUAGUGGCUGUGUC